AUGUCCGAGCCCACCUAUGCCGCCUUCCACAACCAGCACCUCAAGCACUCCGUCCCCGUCCACCUCCUCCCUUGGUCCCCCGACAUCCGCAACGCGCCCGCCGUCCUCGGCGGCUCCGACCCGCUCCCCGUCGCCGGCGUGAACGACUACCCCCUCUCCCACUGCUCCGUCCGCGUCUUCACGCCCGAGGGCACCGCGCCCGCCGGCGGCUGGCCCGUCUUCAUCUUCUUCCACGGAGGCGGCUGGACGCUCGGCACGAUCGCGACCGAGAACGCGUUCUCGAGCAACAUGUGCAAGCGCGCCGAAUCCGUCGUCGUCUCCGUCGACUACCGCCUCGGCCCCGAGCGCCCGUACCCCGCCGCCGUCGAAGACACCGUCGAGGCCCUGCAGUGGGUGCACACCAAGGGCCCCGAGCUGCUCGGCAUCAACCCCGCGCUCAUCGCCGUCGGCGGCUCCUCCAGCGGCGCCAACCUCGCCGCGAUCGCGACCCAUCGCGCCCAGGCGCUCGCCAUCCCGCUCGCCUUCCAGCUCCUCGUCGUCCCCGUCACCGACAACACCGCCGCCGUCGGCGACGGGCGCUACCCGUCUUGGACUGAGAACGCCAAGACUGUCUCGCUCGUGCCGGAGAAGAUGGUCUGGUUCAAGAACAACUACUCUCCCAAUCCCGAGGACUGGACGCACCCGGACAACUCCCCAAUCUUCGCGACGGACGAGUCUUUCAAGGGUGCACCGCCGGCGUGGAUCGCCGUUUGUGAGCUCGACAUCCUGAGGGACGAGGGCAUCGCCUACGGAGAUAAGUUGAAGAAGGCUGGCGUGCCGGCGGAGGUCAAGGUGUACAAGGGGGCACCGCAUCCAAUCAUGGCAAUGGAUGGUGAGCUCAGUCAUAGUUGCCUUUGA